AUGGACCAAUUAAACAGCUACCUGCUAGGGGUCAUUGAGUCCAGUUACGAGAACCUGGCACACCUGGUGCCGUGCGGCUCGUUCCUGGGGCUGUUUGACGAGCGGCCAGUGAAGCGCACGCGUCUUAGCAGACCGCAAUUGGGCGAGACCGGACACCGGGUGGCAAUCGGCGGGACGUUUGAAUUCGACGACAGCGAGUCUACCUGCACCGCUAUCACACGGCUGGCCAAGGCAGCCAUGACAGAGACCCCGCCGGUGGACGUCCUGCGGACAGUGGUGGACGGCGUGCGCAACAUCCACGACGCCAGCGCGGUGCUGGACAUUGGGUUCCGUGCGCUAUUCGAGAUAUUCCAGCAGCGGCUCGAGUACCACUGCGCGAACCGAUACAGUAACGUCAAGAAUGGAGAGCGGCCUGGGGAGUUUUCCGAGAGCAGCGGCACGUUUGGCGAGGAGUAUCUGAUUUUGACCUCGCUGUUUGAGCUGCACCGGCCGCGCACGUGGGUGGCAGCGGUCCGGCUGGUAUCGAUGGUGACGAAGCUGGCAAUCAAGAUUAUGUACGGCGGGACUACGCCAGGUGACCCACCCAGUCUGUCGGCAGGCACACACGCGGCGUCGCUGUCGGAGAUCAGCGGGCAGAGCCUGCUGCCCGAGAAGGUGUGUCGCGAGAUGAUCCGGCUUGUGUGGCGGCUGCUGCUGGACAGCUCAGCAACGGAGCCGGCGACACGUAGCGUGCUAGGGUCGGCACGGCGCACGCGGUGGCAGAUCCGGUUCGAGGCGACAAUGGAGCUGUUCGACUGUUUUGUCGGGCGGUCGGAGCAGUGCCUGGGGCGGCCGCUGGUGUCCUACUACCUGAUUGCACGCGAGCUGGACCCGGGAGCAGCCGUGGCUGAGUCGGGGAUCCUGGCAGGCGAAAUGCAGACCAUCGUGGACCUGUGCUUCAGCCGGAAACGGCGGCUCGGCCGUAUCCUGCUGCCGCCCGACGGCUCGUGGCCGCUUAUCUCCCACGCGAGUCGCGCUCACACGGUCAAACAUGUGUAUGACCAACCCGGGUACGCACUGGUGCGCGACUCGCUGACAUUCGAGGAGACUGAGCGCGGCCCAUCAGCCAACAAGUACGUGGCCGACAUGCUGUACCAGCGCGCGCCCACAGACGAGGUGUUUGCGGCUAUCCGCAACCACCGGAUCAUGAAGAAGCGGGCGCUGGCAGCAGUGGACAGCGACAGCUAUGUGCCGAACCGAGUGACACAGCAGGCGGACGGGUCAUUCAGUGACAACGCCGAGGCAGAGCAGUCAGAAACAGCGCAGCUACUGCUGGACGCGCUGGCACAGCGCAUCGAGCACAUUGUUCGGUACAUCCAGAGCCAGUGCGACUUUGAGACCCUGCUGAACGAGCGCAAGCUCAAUGAAAACUCUGACGAGAGUAUGAUUGUGCCACGCAACGUGCAGUACUGGCAGUUAAUGAACGAGGUAGCAGACCAGCUGUACUACUUUGUGCUGUUCGAGACAAUUCCGUACAAGGCGGUGCACGAGCGGUUCUACAGCAUGGUGUUCCCCAAGGACAGCGACAUCCACCCGGGCAGCGAGACGCGGCGCGACAACUCGUACAUCUGGCUGCUGCUGCAACUGUUCCACAUCGAAAAGGUGUCGAACGGCGUGAUCAAAGAGGACCUGGCGGGCGACGAGGACAUGCUCGACCAGCUGCUGCAGAUGUACAACGAGCGGCAGAUUGUGUCCAAGGAUGCGCUGUAUCUGCGAGAUCUGUCGCUGCAGGCAGCAAUGUACCACCAGAAUGCCAACAUCCGCGACAAUGCCGGUGUAAAGUUCCGGCAUCCGCGGCUGGCAGUGGCAAUGCCAUUUGCGCCGGUUCUGUUCCGGCUGCAGAAGGAGUUCGCGCACGACUACAAGGAAGACAACUAUGAGCUGCUAGAUGGACGGUCAAUCAGCAAUGUGAUGAAGGUGGCCACAGUCAGCCAGUUCCGGCAGUACGUGGUGCCGAACACACUGUACACAUACCUAGUGCCGUCGCGCGAGGACAUUGGACAGCUCCAGGGGCCCAUGACAACGUAUUUGAAAGGCGGCAACAUCGGGUACCAGGUACUGGACUACAUCAACGUGGGAGGCAAGCACCGCAUGCUGCAGCUGGUGUACAAGAUGAUGCUGGCGCACGAGCAAGGCCCGCAAUUCCAGUUUGGCACACAGCUACCGCAGGCACGCGAUGACAUCUGUAUCCGGCUGCUGUACAACGCACCAUAUUCGAAACGAGCUGAUGAUGAAGGAGGUGCUAGGAGAAGCUGCGGCGCUGAUGAACUGCCGGACUGCUGCGGUUCUUCAAGUACUAUGCGCACGCGUCGCAUCUGGUGCACCACCUGCGGCACUCGCUGCUCGCUGGAGUGCUUUGCGCUGUGUCUGGUCAACCUGCAGCACGAUGUGGAAUUCCUGCAAGCACUGAUGAACCCGGCGUACCACGGCGUCCCGCUAACGCCGCACCCAAGCGCGAUUGGCGCGGCUCGCAGAAUCGCAUAUUCGAAGCCCAAGGAUGCGUGGUUCGAGUGUGCGAUGCUGGCGCGCAACGCUGUCAUGGUGAUCUCCCGCAUCGUCGUCAUGCGUGGACUGGGCGACGUGCCCUGGCCUGUCGCUGACCGACUGCCUCGACAGCCUGUCGCCGGCACCGCAGUUCUGGGCGCCGUCAGUGCUGCGCUAUCCUGCCGCGACCCGCCGAGAACGAGCUGCGACAGUUCUAUGCGCAGCGCCAGCGCCAGCCAGUGUUCCUGUGCGUUCUGUGGGUGGUACUUGGAGCGCCUGGCCAUGGCACAGGCUGGACGGACACCGGCGCUGCCGUCGCAGAUGAUGGCAAUUGUGCGACGCGUGCUGCUGAUGUUCCCGCUGUCGCAGAUGUCAGCGUACACGUCAGCGCUGGUCGACUUCAUUGUGGCCAGCGAGCUGGAACGCGGGCUGACAGCGCCGAGCGCGGCCACCAAGCGGCUGCUGGACGACUUCACGUUCACAUUCCAUCUGAUCCACCACGAGCACGUGUUGUUUGCGCUGACGCGUGGCGAGCAUGAUCUGCGGCGCGACCCGCUGCGCAUGGCGCUGACGCGGUUUCGUGCUGCUGGAGUCGCCGAUGUUCUCGGAGCGCCUGAACGAGUGGCAUCGCCUGGACUUCCGCGGCCGCACGGGGCAUUCAUGGCCAAGUUCCCCGAGUACUUUGAGUACGAGGCACAUCUGGUCAAGAGCAAGGUGCCGCUGGAGCCGCCGCCAGCGCUGAGCCUGCCGAUCUACUACGAAAACAUCAUGGUGCGCCUGCUGCCGGUGCUGGAAUUUGCGCUGGGUCGCCUGAUCGAGGCCGAGGACAAGCUGCUGCUGCGCGAUGUGCUGGACCGCAUGGGCAUUCUGUACCGCCUACACCAGGUGCCGCUGACCACGCUGAUGGACACGCUGUUUAUAUACUUUGCUGCCCCCACGCUGCACGACGCCGCAGUGCUGCGCAGCCUGAAUCUGUCGCUGCUGGAUCUGACCCAGCAGAACUUCUCGUCCGAAUUCGAGCAGUUUGUGCGCGGCGGAUCAGUGCCGUCAGUAGGGCCGCCCCCCAAGAACGACCUGCCCGAGAUCCACUACCGCGAGAUCCCGAACCCGAUCCUGCUUGGUGCUGACCGAAUGCGUAGUCGAGCUGCUGACGUGGUGGUGUCCUGCACUGCGCUGACGGGCCUGCCAGCACUGCACCGUCACCGAUCGACCGAGUCCGGAGUUCCAGCGGGAGGAGCGGGCGCGGAUGAAGCGGGCCGGCGCGUGGCCGCUUGGCGCAGGUGUGGUUUGACAUGGUCCAUGGAUAGGGAUGGUGAAAGGGAGAAGGAGCACAAGAGCACAACACCGGGUGUGCUGGUCAACGUCAUGCCGGACGAGCUGAUGGCGUUCCCGUACGUGCAGAAGCUGGCCGACAUUGUGCUGACCGAGCCGCUGCUCAAGACCGUGUCGGGUCCAAAGCAGUAUUUUUCGUUUGUGGAUUUCUCGCGCGACAGCUUCCGUGCGUCGGCCCAGAGCAACACUGCCUUUGCCGCCACGCCCGUGUUCAACUCGUUUGAGCUGAACCGCAACCGCAACAUGGCCAAUGCCCCCAACACGUACCUGACGCUGCUGCACAGCAUCCUGCACUACGGUGCACUAUCCACUGGGCUGGCGGCCGGUGGCCAGCUGUGCACCGACACCCAGCUGCUGUAUCUGUGCGCAACCAUCGGCCCCAUCCUGUACCGCCUCGUCGACCACGAUGCGCUAUAUGUGCAGAUCCUGGGCGACCUUGUGGCCAUCAUGGCCCAGGAGGCCAUCGAGCAGGUCAUGGACUUCUUCUGCUUUGUCAAGGACCAGUUCGACCCUGGCCGUGCUGCCUGGCGCCGCAUUGCCCCGCACAUCUCUGCCCUGCCCUCGCUUCCUGCGCUACCAGCUGCAGGGAAUCGUCGACCAGCAGCAUUCCCCAUUGCCGCCUGA